UCCGGUGUCACAAAUAAUCUGGGCCCAAAGCGAAGUUCGAUGCUGGAAAUCCAAUGUCAAUCCAGCAACUAACUGAACCGUUGGCCGAGUGUUUCACCAAGUCUCGACCUUCUUGCGCUCCGCGUCGCCGACGGCUACACAGUGGUUUGCGUUUUCAGUCCUGUUCUCUGGUUGGGUCGCCGAUUCGAUGUCAAGUUUGCAGCUUUCAUUCUGGGUUCGCGGUGGAAAUUGAUUUGGAUGAUAGGAUCAUUCAUUCCGGGGAAAGGUGGGCAAAGAGCUGGUAGUAUCUAUUGAUGGUUGUCAGGGUCUCUCGUUGCCAAUGCUUUCAAUUCAACGCAAUUCAGCAUCGAAACUGCUCUCUAUUUCAUCAGCGAAGGAAAACCGGUAUGACUGCUACUCCCUCGUCUUACUUCGCCUCCAAUUCAACUACUCCUGCGACCUCCAAUUCUGUAACUUUCGCCAGCGUAGACGAUGCCUUGGAUUCAUUUAGUAGGAUGCUCCACAUGAACCCCAGACCUUCGGUUGUGAAAUUUGGUCAGUUGGUAAGUUCUCUUAUGAGAAUGAACGCCUUCCAGGCUGCCUUCUAUGCGUCUAGACAAAUGGAAUUAGCUGGAGUCCCACACAAUCGUUACACGCUUAGCAUGUUGCUUCGUUGUUUCUGUAAAUUGGGUCGAGUAGGUUUUGGUUAUGCAGUUUUCAGCAAAGCUCUGAAAUUCGGUAUUCAAUUCGAUGAUGUGAUGCUCAAUACAUUGAUUGACGGGCUCUGUAAAGUUGGGAAAGUAAUCGAGGCUGCAAGGUUGGUUCAAAACAUGAAGGAGUUUGGCUGUCAACCUGAUGUGGUUAGUUAUAACACAGUCAUUAGCAGCCUAUGUAAGGAUGGAAUGGUAUCGAAGGCUUUUGAUGUUUUUUCCGAGAUGAAGGAUGAGAAGAUUCAACCAGAUGUGUUCAGUUACAAUAGCUUGAUUUAUGGUUUGUGCAUUUCAAGCGGAAUCAAUGAAGCUAUGGAGUAGUUCAAUAAAAUGGUAGAUAGGAAGAUAACGCGUGAUAAAUUCACCUAUAACAUAUUGGUUGAUGCUUUCUGUAAGGAAGGAAAUGUUUUGGGAGCUAAAGUUAUACUCAAAAUGAUGAUUCAAGGUGGAUUGCUUCCGGAUAUCGUCACUUACAGGUCAUUGAUGGAUGGGUAUUGUUUGCGCAAUGAAUUAGAUAAAGCUAG